AUGGGCCGUGUGGAGCCGCCACGGGGCCUUGGCACAACCAAGGGUGUGACAUUUAUAUUUAGACUAAACAGGAUUCUCAUAUCUCAUCAAUCGGAUCCUCUUCUAUUGCAUCCGAAUGAUGUCAUAGGGUGGUUGGAAACCGGUUCGGACACCUGCGUGAUGUCAUGGGAUAGAUGGGAUUAUCCGAGGGGAAACGAUGGGCCGUGUGGAGCCGUCACGGGGCCUUGGCACAACCAAGGGUGUGACAAUGCCCUCCCCUUUAAAGGCAUAGUCCCGAUGCCUCAAGAUUACCGGAUUGGGAAUUAUCUUUGUUGUGUAGCAACGGUUGCCAACCGCUUUGGCAGCGCGCGCGCUGCGCGGCAUAAAGGAAUGGUGGGUAAAAAACGUCUACGUGGUGCAGCUGCGGCCUCUGUCGCGGCCAAAAGGGCCAGGUUGGAGGCGGAGGCGGAGACACCUAGCAGCUGUGGGGGUUCUGCUCCUCCCCCCCUGCCGCUGUCACACCGCCCCCCCCCGCCAAUCAACAGGGCGAUGUAUGACCCCGCAUGGUCGUUCGGAGAGGACCUCAGGGAGAGCUUGGUUCCGGGGACAGCGGCUCAAAUGAGUCCAGUCCGUAGUUCCCCUCCUGCAGAGCGCCCGAGCCCUGCUCAGGGUGCCUGUGGGUCGGGUCCGCAGGGUUCCAUGGUUCCUUUGCUUUCUCCUUGUGGGGAAACCCUGGUGCGGCGCCUGGCUGGCACCGCUACCUGCCUUCGCUGCGCCAAGCAGCUUCGAGAAGGGGGGAUCCUUUGCACCCGCCCCUCCGCCCAUUCACGCUGUUUCCGUUGCGUGAAAAACAACGACACCUGCCUUCCUGUGCCAAAGCAGUACAGGGCCAAAGUUGUGGAUCUCCAGGCGUUGGCGGAUUCCGUCCGUUCUGGGGAGGUUCCCAAGGCCCGUCUGGAGAAGGAGGCGAAAGCGUGGGUCUCCGAGGUGGAAAAACACUUCAGAAUGGCCGGCCCUAAGAAGAAGGGGUCGGCCGGCGCCGCCGUUGGAAGCGCCACGGAGACAAAUCGUUUGUUGGAGAGGAUCUCGCUCCAAUUGGAGCAGGUGACUGAGGUGCUUUGCAAAUUGGCAAAGGUGCCGGUGCCAGGGACUCCGUCGGUGGAGGAGGAGUUCGGUGGGGGUGAGGUGGUGGAAGAAUGA